CGGGCACGCCACACGCGCACGCCACAAGCGCACUAUGGUACAUGCAACACACGCGUGUUGGCGUUCCAUGCAUGCGUCUGUAACGGCUUGUCUUGGCGUUCGUCGCUUGGCUUGGCGUUGGUCGCUUGGCUUGGCGUUGGUCGCUUGGCUUGGUCGUCCUCCAGUGGAUUGGCAUUUUCUCCCCUAGCGUUUCUUUGCUGGGAUUGGCAUUUUCUAGACUGGGCUUGGAAUUCCCCUGCUGGGCUGGGUGUUUCCUUGGGGGAUUGGCCUUUCCCUGGGUGGGCGGGGAUUUCCCUGGGGGUGGGCGGGGAUUCCCCUGGGUGGGUGUGGCCUUUCAAACCUCGCUGGUCUUGGCCUCUCCCCCUGGGCUUGGCAAGGUUUUGCCUGGCCUUGUCCUUUCUCCUCUGACAGAUUGGAAACUUGGAGUUUCCUGCUUGUUGGUGAAACUUGUUGGCAGAGGCGAUUGGCUAGCUAUUACCCGGCUCCUCGGGCUGGUGGAAGCGGAUGGGGGCUGAGGUUUCUCCAAAGCCGUCUGCUCCCCCUUUGAAGAAGCCCUUUGGCCUCAGGAGCAAGAUGGGCAAGUGGUACUGCCUUUGCUUACCCUGCUGCUGGGGGAGUGGCAAGAACAACGUGGGCGCUUGGGGAGACCACGACGACAGCGCCUUCAGGGAGCCAAGGUACCACGUCCGUCGAGAAGAUCUGGGCAAGCUCCACAGAGCUGCCUGGUGGGGUAAAGUCCCCAGAGCGGAUCUCAUCGUCAUGCUCAGGGGCCCCGGCGUGAACAAGAGGGACAAAAAGAAGAGGACUGCUCUCCAUUUGGCCUGUGCCAAUGGAAAUCCAGAAGUAGUAAAACUCCUGUUGGACAGACAAUGUGACCUUCAUGUCUUGGAUAGCAAAAAGAGGACAGCUCUAAUAAAGGCCGUACAAUGCCAAGAAGAUGAAUGUGCAUUAAUGUUACUAGAACAUGGCACUGAUCCAAACAUUCCGGAUGUGUAUGGCAAUACCGCGCUACACUAUGCGGUCUACAAUGAAGACAAAUUACUGGCCAGAGCACUGCUUUUAUGCGGUGCCGACACUGAAUCAGCAAACAAGAGUGGCCUGACACCACUUUUGCUGGGUGUACAUGGACAAAAAGAGCAAAUGGUGAAAUUUUUAAUCAAGAAAAAAGCUAAUUUAAAUGCACUUGAUAGAUUUGGAAGAACUGCUCUCAUACUUGCUGUGUGUUGUGGAUCAGCAAGUAUAGUUAGCAUUCUACUUCAGCAAGAUGUUGAUGUAUUCUCUCAAGAUGCAUCUGGAUGGACUGCUGAAGAUUACGCAGCUUCCGGUCAUCAUGACAUAAUUUGCCAGUUACUUUCUGACUACAAAGAAAAACAGAUGUCAAAAAACUCUUCUCAAAACAGCAAUCCAGAACAAGACUUAAAGAUGACAUCAGAGGAAGAGCCUCAAAGGCUUAAAGGAAGUGAAAAUAGACAGCCAGAGAAAAUGUCUCAAGAACCAGACAUAAAUAAGGAUUGUGAGAGAGAGGCUGAAGAAGAAAUGCAGAAGCAUCGAAGUAAUCAUGUGGAAUCACCAGAAAACCUGACUAAUGGUGUCGCUCCUGGCUGUGGUGAUUAUGGCUUAAUUCAAUGAAGAAGGAGCAGAAAACCUGAAAAUCAGCAGUCUUCCAGCACAGAGAAUGAAGAGUAUCACAGCCCUGAAAAGAAACCUAAUGAAAACAACAAGGUCAAAAGCCAAAUACAUUCAGUGGAUGAUCUUGAUGACAUAAGUUGGCCAUCGGAAGUAGCCUCAGAGGAUUAUGAUUUGCUUUACUCUAAUUAUGAGACUUAUAUGUUGCUCAAUGAACAACUCAACAUGGAUUUUAAUGAUUCUGCCAGCCUGUCAAAAAUCCAGGAUGCAGUUCUUUCCGAUGAACACUUACUAGAACUUCAAAAUAAUCAGUGGGAACAACUUACCAUAGAAAUGGAGCAAAUGGAAAAUAUGAUUCAUGUACUAGAGAAGGAGCUAUCUGAAACAAAGGAAGCACAAUUACAGUUACUGCAUCAAAAAGGUGAAUUUGAGCAAGAACUCUCCACUUUGAGAUUGGCCUUAAAACAAGAAGAAGAGAAGACAAGGAAUGCAGAUAUGUUGUACAAAAAAGGUAGAGAGGAUUUAAAAAGAAAACAAGAGGAAUAUGAAAAAGAAGUUGAAAUGGACCAACAACGCAAACAGACUUUGCAAACACAAGCCAUGGAAUUAAGGACAGUAAGAAACAAUUUGGAUCAGAUUGCUCUUAGCCAAAAGAAAGACGAGGAUCUCUUGCAUGAAAAUUGCAUACUACAAGAAGAACCUGCCGUGCUAAGACUGGAACUGGACAUAAUAAAACAUCAGAACCAGCUAAAGGAAAAGAAAUAUUUAGAAGACACUGAAAGUGAGAAAGAAAAGAAUGACAGUCUUAGAAAUGCUAUAAAAUUGACUGAGGAAGCAUUAGCAAAAACAGUGUUUCAGUACAGUGAACAGCUUAUCACUUUGACAACUGAGAAUAAAAUGCUCAGUUCUGAGCUCAAGAAUGAAAAACGCCAGAAGGAAAGGCUGGAAAUGGAAAUAUAGUCAUCUCAUGGUAGACCAGCUGCUACCCUACAUGAUAGUGACCAAAGUCAGGUAGCAGAAAGAGACCUCUUUCCAGAGAACAAGACAUGAACGGGUUUAUUUACAGGAAGCAAUCAAUUCUCAUGUGUCUAACCUAAAAGAUAACAGUGAGAUUCUUUCUGAACGACUCUCUAAUGCUGACAGUAAAAUUAACAGCCUAAAGAUUAAGUGCCAUCAUACAAGGUAAACUCUGAAAGAUAGGGCAGGCCUCAAUCUUUUUUGUUUAGGUGACUCAUCCAUUCCAGCCUGCAGACUUUGGAGUGUACAAACUGACCAGGGGCAGAAGAGAUCCCACAGCACAGCACAGCUGCUUUAACAAAUCAUGGCCAGACUUAUUCUGUAAGCAGGCCCCUGAUCCUGUUUCUCCUCACUGGACAGGACUUCCCAAAUGGGACCUGCAGCUACCUCCAGCAGUGUUCCUCUGCCAACAAGAGAUUUGAAUCCCCUCCUGGGACAGAGCUCCCAGAGGGGAGAGGGGUUCCAUCACCUUUGAGUUUGGGCAAUCAGCUGUUCUGGCCUGUGGGCUUUGGAGAGCCCAAGCUGACCAGGGGUGGAAGUGGUACCCCAGUGCAGUAAAGCCACCCUACUAAAACUCGGCCAGUCUUUUUUAAGUCAGUCCCUGACCACAUUUCUUGUCACUGGGUGGAGCCUUUCAAUCAGGGUCUCCAGCUGCCUUCACUGCUGUUCUCUGGCUGAAAGAGGUUUCAGGCCUCCCUGGGUCAGAGCUCCCAGGGGGAGGACCAGACUGUCAUAUUUGCUGUUUGGGAAACUCAGCCAUUUCAGCCUUAGGGCUUCAGAGUGCCUGAGGCAACCAGGGGCUGAAGGGAACCCCAGCACAGCACAGCUGCUCUGCAAAAAUGUGGCCAGACUUCUUUUUUAAGCAAGACCCUGUUCUUGUUCCUUUUGUCUAAGCAUGACUUCUCAACUUGUCCAGCCACCUCCUGUAGGUGUGACUAGAUUGGCAACAAGUUUGUAUCUCAGUGGUACAGAGCUCCCAGAGGAAGGGACAGGCUAUCAUUUGCCUUUUUGCAGCCUUCAUUAGUGAUACUCUCAGGUACUGGAAACUCUGAGGCAAGUAGGGACUGUAGUGGACCCCAGCAUACUACAGCAGCCCUAUGGAAAAGUGGCCAGACUGUUAGGUGGGUGCCAGUUUCCAUAGCUCCUUGAUGGGCAGGUUCUCCCAGCCUGGAUCUCUGUCAACAUUCCACUGGAGCUAUUAAGGCAGUAGCAACUCAGCAAUUCCCUGGACAGAGCUUCCAGGAGCAGCUGAAAUCCUCUCUGCCACUGCCUCUGAAGUGGAACUGUCCUUGCUACUCUCAGAAUAUCAAUGGAGCAAAGACCCUAAGUGCCAUAUUGACACCUCCAAGAAGCUGCAGUUGACUUAAGGAGCAAGCCAUUCCCUCUCCCAUGGGUACUAUACACAUGAUCAUCAGGGAACUAUGGCUUGAGCCCACAUCCUGGGCUGAUUGCACUAAGUAAUUGCUAACACGCAUCUCUCUGCGGUAGAGCCCACAGGAAACAAGCAAAGUGGUGAAGCAGCAGUCCAGCUGAUGUGGAGCCCUCUGGGGAGGGCAGGGACAGCUAUCUCUCUAAGAUUGCUCUUAUGAAUCACUUUACCCCAGCACUGUAGGAGUGCUGAGGUCAGACUGGCCACAUCUCAUGUGCAAGACUGCCCAGCAUAGAUCAGGUCUGAGAGUUUCCCUCUUAAAAAGGGGGACUUAUUUGAAAAAGGAGUCUGGCCAUGUCUUUGUAGAGCAGCUGUGCUGUGCUGCGGCUUCACUCUUGAGAGACUUUUCCUCUCAGACCUGAUCUAUGCUGGGCAGUCUUGCACAUGAGAUGGGGCUGGUCUGACCUCAGCACUCCUUAGUCUGCUUGCCUCUCCCAGGGCCCCAGCCUGGUGACACCUGCUUAUACCAUAGCUUCUGUGCCAGUGGACAAUGCCUGACCAGCGGAGAGCUGUAGCAAGGUGGCCCACACAGGCAUACACCAGUUUGCACAUUGCCUCUCCAUACUGCAGCUCUUAAUACGGAAACUUACUACAUCACUUUGUUGGUGUGUGUUUACACGGGGCUUUUUUCAUACAAGAUUUUUCUACACUUGCCCUACCAGCACAGAGGAGUGCAACACACAUGCCAGCCCAUGCCAACUGCUAUUGAAGAUGGAGCCAUGGCAGGCACAGAGCCAAAAAUCUCCACCUCCUCCAGCACCUCACCCUUAAGGUAAUACUGUACAGAGAAAAAGGGACCCUCUUACAUCCCGAGCAACCACUGUUGCUUGGGGGCUCACAGAAGGCACCCCACCCCAAACCAAUAGAACUCCAGUACAACAGCACACAAUAGGGGCACCCUGGCCCUCAUCUGAGCUGUCUUGCCUCCACCACGGUGAACACCCACAGGGUUACAGGCACUCUCCUGCAGGUCCAGCACUUUGGUCCCUCAGUACAGUGGACUCCAAACCUGGAGGAGCCAGAAAACAAAGUUGGGGCCCAAUACAAUUUCCUCAGAGUUAAAGCACAUAGUCUAGGAAUUGGUAGCUGAACAUCAGCCCCCUAAAAUCUUCCAGAAGCAAAGCUGAAUACACCUUACACCCCAAUCAUACUGUCAGGGUCAUGAAAUACAAUAAAAUAAAAAUACCCUGUCUAAAGGUCAGCAUCCUCAAAGGUUGAAGGUUGAUAAGCCCAUAAAAAUAAGAAAGAAUCUGUACAAGAGCACUGAAAACUCAAAAAUUCAGUAUGCCUUCUUUCCUCCAAAUGAUUGCACUCUCUGGCAAGUGUUCAGAACUGGGCUGAGGCUGAGAUGUCUGAAAUGAUACAAGUAGAAUUCAGAAUAUGGGUAGAAACAAAGUUUGCUGAGUGAAAGAAGUACAUUGUAAUCCAAUGCAAGGAAGCUAAACAUCAUUGUAAAACAUUGCAGGAGGUAACAGACAAAAGAGCCAGUAUAAAGAACAUAUCUGACCUGAUAGAGCUGAGAAGCACAGUACAAGACUUUUCAUAAUACAGUACAUGGUGAUUGGGUGUGACUGUAUUAUGAAAAUUCUUGUAGUGUGUGUGGGCACCCGAGAGUGCCCUGUAAGCAGGUGUGGCCAGGCUGGGGCCCUGGGAGAGGCAAGCAGACUAAGGAGUGCUGAAAUCAGACCAGCCCCAUCUCAUGUGCAAGACCACCUAGCAGAAUAAACCAAGCAGAGGAGAGAAUCUCAGAAGUUGAAAACUGGCAUUCAGAAAUAAAACAUGCAGACAAGAAUGGGGGGAAAAGAAUGGAAAGGAAUAAACAAAACCUCUGAGAAAUAUGGGAUUAUGUAAAGAGAUCAAAUCUAUGACUGAUUCAUAUACCAGAAAGAGGUGAGAAUGGAACCAACUUGGAAAACGUAUUUCAGAAUAUCAUUAGAAUAUCCCCAAGUGAGCCAGACAAGCCAACAUUCAAAUUCAGGGAAUCCGGAGAACCUCAGUAAGAUAUGCCACGAGAAGAUCAUCUCCAAGACACAUAAUCAUUAGAUUCUCCGAGGUCAAAAAUGAAAGAAAAAAUGUUAAAAGUCAGCUAUGGAGAAAGGUGAGGUUACCUCCAAAGGGAAACCCAUCAGACUAACAGCGGACUUCUCAGCUGGAACCCUGAAAGCCAGAAGAGAUUGUGAGGCUCAAUAUUCAACUUCUUAAAAGAAAUUUCAACCCAGAGUUUUAUAUGUAGUUAAGCUAAGCUUCAUAAAUGAAGGAGAAAUAAGAUUCUUUUCAGAGAAGCAAAUGCUGAGGGAAUUCAUUACCACCUGCCUCACAAGAGCUCCUGAAGGAAGCACUGUGGAUAGAAAAAACCAUCACCAGCCACUACAAAAACGCACUGAAGUACACAGACCAGUGAUGCUAAAAACCAGCCACACACACAGGUCUGCAAAAUAAGCAGCCACAGAAUGGAUCAAAUCCACAUACAUCAUUACUAACCUUAAAUGUAAAUGGGCUAAAUGCUCCAAUUGAAAGACACAGAAGGGCAAGCUGGAUAAAGAACCAUGACUUAUUCCAGUAUGCUAUCUUUAAGACACCCAUCACACAUGCAGUGCCACACAUAGGCUCAAUAUAAAAGAAUGGAGAAAAAUCAUUUAAGCAAAUGGAAAACAGAAAAAAGCAGGUGUUGCAAUCCUAGUUUCUGACAAAACAGAUUUUAUACCAAUAAAGAUUUUUUUUAAAACUUUUUUAUUGGAUUUUAGGUUUUGGGGUACAUGAGCAGAGCAUGCAAGACAGUUGCGUAGGCACACACAUGGCAGUGUGCUUUGCUUUCCUUUUCCCCUUCACCCACAUUUGGUAUUUCUCCCCAGGCCAUCCCUCCCCACCUCCCCCUCCCACUGGCCCUCCCCUUUUCCCCCUAAUAGACCCCAGUGUUUAGUACUCCCCUUUCUGUGUCCAUGUGUUCUCAUUUUUCAUCACCCGCCUAUGAGUGAGAAUAUGCGGUGUUUCAUUUUCUGUUCUUGUGUCAGUUUGCUGAGGAUGAUGUUCUCCAGAUUCAUCCAUGUCCCUACAAACGACACAAACUCAUCAUUUCUGAUUGCUGCAUAAUAUUUCAUGGUGUAUAUGUGCCACAUUUUUCCAAUCCAGUCUAUUAUCAAUGGGCAUUUGGGUUGAUCCCAGGUCUUUGCUAUUGUAAACAGUGCUGCAAUGAACAUUCGUGUACAUGUGUCCUUAUAGUAGAACGAUUUAUAGUCUUUUGGAUAUAUACCCAGUAAUGGGAUUGCUGGGUCAAAUGGAAUUUCUAUUUCUAAGGCCUUGAGGAAUCGCACCAAUAAAGAUUUAAAAAGGAAGAGAGAAAUAUUACAAAGGCGGCCCUGGCCUUUGAUAAAUAUCAAUAUUGCUUAAUAUUAACCUAGGCUAUCUUCAUUUCUCAAACCAAUAGGAAAAUUUGUGGAAGUUGGGGAGCUUCUCCCCUCUAGAGAGUCCCUGAUCUCCCAAAAUUUGGUUGAAAUCUAAGGUUGAUUUUGCUGUACAACUCCUUUUCUGAAGGGUUACUCGCUUCCAACACAAAAGGCAAGUUUUCCUGCUUCCAUGAUGGUGGAGAGCAGGCACCUCCUUUCUUGAGUUUCAACUUGCUUCUGACAAGGAAGGUGAGUUUGAGUUUUUUCCUACUUCUCUAAAAUGGUAGCGAGUGAUCAUCAGCCUGAGCAUUAUUUCCAGGUAAGUAGUUGAAUUAGAGUUUUGUCUUAAAAAUGUUCCUUAAUGACUAAAAGUUAAGAUUACCAAUCAGCUGUUUUUAACUUCUCCUUACCAUCAGAACACUCAGUAAUCAUGUGAAUUGCGCAGUUGUUUCUUUUGCCUGUCUGUUUUUGUUUGUUUAUGUUUGGGGUUUUGUUGUUGUCGUUUCAGUUUUCUCCUGUGAGGUAUGACCAUCUCUUUCUGACUUAGUCAAAUCCAAAUGAAUGUUCCAAAUUGUGGGAAAAAAGGCAUCUGAAUUGGCUAAAACUCCUGUAGCUCUAAAAAAAAAAAAAAAUCCAGUUAGCAGAAAGGAUUUUAAAAAACUUUUCUAUUUAAGCCUAAGAGGUUUUGUCUACCUAACAAGGCCAUCUUUUGCUAGCCAAGGCCAAACUGAAGGAGCAGUAGUGGCCACCCAAUGCUAACAUUCUGCACUGUUCACCACAGCAAACUGAGUUUGGUUCCUAUGUCUAGUUCUUUUUUGUUUGGUAUUUGUGUUACUUUUAAAAUAGCAGUUUAUCCCAACUAUGAUGUGGUAGUAAGAUAUUUAAAAAUAUUUUUAAGAGCUCUAUCUAUGAUUAAAAGCUUAAUUAAAAGCAAAUUUAUAAUAUAUGUCAUUAUAUUUAAAUGUAAUUACAUAUAUAUUAGAAAGAUGUAAAUAUAUAUAACAUGAACAUAUAUACAUAUGUAUGUUUGGAAUAUAUGUUCAUAUAUUUCUAAUAUGUGUGUCUGUGUGUGUGUGUGUGUGUGUGUGUAUGUGUGUGUGUGAGUUUGAAUCUAAAAGAUCUUUCUCUCUUUGGAUCUUGUUUUUUGAAAAUAUUUUUCUUCUCAGUCAACUGAAUUGUCUCUCUCCAUUUUACUUUUGUCUGUCCUUUUUUUCUCUUGCCACCCUUGAUGCCCACAUAACAGAUCUAAAAUAACUUCUAAUAACUGGGGAUUACUUACAACAGAAAAGCCACCAGGGAUGUUUUCAGGAGGAACCACUAUUUUUGUUUAACAAAUCCCAAGAGUUGUAAACAGGCAAGUUUUUUGCAAAUCUUAAACUGCACACCUUUUAAAUUUCAUUACUGGAUCUUAAUGGCUUUUUUGGGUGUCAAAAAUGACUUUGCACAAUGAGAAAUUUUUUGACCUUUGUGUAUGUAAUAGCUAGGUAGGAGAUAUAAAUUUUAGGGCUGGUUAUCGGAAGAGAUAUUUAUAAGCUUUGGCCACCUGAAAGGUGUGGAAACAUCCCAAACCCCCACUGAAUAGUGAGAUUGCUAUGAGAUAAGAGCUGAUAAUUGAAUGUGCUAUUUGGCUUUUGCUGGCCACCAACCUGAGGGGAAAUGUAUUUGUAGUGAAAUGCAUGGUAAGAACGUGGCAUAGUCUGAUCCCAUAAUGUUUUCCUUUUUUUGAGGGCCUGAGGAUUUUAUAUAAAAGUGAAACCCUUGACUUUUUGAGAUCUGUUCUGCCUUACAGCUGUGCCUGCAUGUUAGGCCCUAGAAGCUGCAUGCUUCCUUAGCUCUGUUCCUUAAAAUGUUCCACCAUUAAGCCAGUAAGUCAAUUUAUAAAACUCUUUAGGAAAAUCACAAUUAACAGUGUCUGCUUUCCCUGGCCAUGUUAACUGAACUUUUAGAGCAUUUUUUUUUUUUUUGGCUUGAGUAAAAUGUAAUUCCUUCAUCUUGUUUCACCUAAGAGUUGUCCCUUUAAAAAUGCAAAUUUGGAGUUU